UCUAGAAGUGGGAUGAUAACUUGAUCCUCGCUUGCCGAUUCGAGGCAAAAAUUGGCGCCCACACAUCAGUGUUUCAAUGGAUAGGCUACGUAAGAAUGAUAGGCUGUUCGAAGCUACUGUACAUUUGAAGAUUUGAGAGAAAGUUAAGUCUGAACUCUUGAGAGCGACUUUAUAACCCACCCCACGGGAAACUGAAUGUAGGCUACUAUUGAAAAUGUGGAGGUCCUACUGGACAGCGUUGAGUCUGUCGUGGACAUUAUUCAUCUGCAGAAAUUAUGCACACGAAAGACAGGGUUACCUAAUCGCUGCUCCUUCAGUGUUCCGCGCUGGUGUGGAGGAGGCCUUGAGUGUCACAAUCUUCAACGCUGUGGAGGAGACGCACGUCCAAGUCCAGCUCUCUGUGAAGGGUGAGACAGUGGCGUACAGCCAUGGCACAGUGCUAGACAAAGGCACAAUCAAAUUAAAGGUUCCUCGUGGUCUGAGGGGUCAGGCCCAUCUGAAGGUGUGGGGGAAUCGCCACAUCACUGAGGGGGGAUAUAUCUUCCACAACUACACCACUGUCACUGUGGACAGCAAGGGCACAGCCGUCUUCAUCCAGACGGAUAAGCCAGUCUACAAGCCCAAACACAAAGUGCUCAUCAACGUGUACUCUGUCACUCCGGAUCUGAGGCCGGUCAAUGACAAGAUUGAGGCCUACGUUUUGGACCCAAGAGGAUCUCGGAUGGUCCAGUGGAAAGGGCUUAAACCCCUCUGCUGUGGGGUCGUCAACAUGAGUUUCCCUCUCUCAGACCAGCCCAUGUUUGGAGAGUGGUUCAUCUUUGUAGAGAUGCAGGGGCACACCUACAACAAGUCCUUUGAAGUGCAGAAGUAUGUGAUGCCCAAGUUUGAGCUGGUGAUAGACCCUCCACGGUACAUCCGGGACCUGAACACGUGUGAACAGGCCACCGUGAUGGCCAGGUAUACCUUUGGGAAGCCUGUGACCGGGAAGAUGACACUGAACAUGACUGUGAAUGGAGUUGGGUACUACCGACAUGAGGUGGGCCAUCCUGUGGUCAAGACCAUGGAGAUCAAAGGCUCAGUGUCCUUCAGCCUGUGUGUCAAAGACAUGAUGCCCCUGGAUGUGGCUGAUCACUUCCGGGGCACGGUGAGCAUGUGGGUGUCAGUGACCAGCGUGGACGGAGGGCGGCAGACCAUGUUCGAUGAUUCCACCCCAGUUCACAAGCAGCGUAUCGACAUCAAAUACUCAAAGGACACUCGUAAACAGUUCAAGCCUGGUCUGCCAUACAAGGGAAAGGUAGAGGUAACCUAUCCUGAUGGUAGCCCAGCAGAUGGGGUGCGGGUGCGUGUGAAGGCGGAGCUGACCCCCAAGGACAACGUGUACACCAGCGAGCUGACGUCCAGGGACGGCCAGGCAACAUUCGAGAUCCCCUCCAUCCCCACUGCUGCCCAAUACGUCUGGCUGGAGACCAAGGUGACAGCUAUAGAUGGCCGUCCGGCUGGAGACCAGUACCUCCCCAGCUACCUGUCCAUCAGCAGCUGGUACUCCCCCAGCAAGUGUCACAUCCAGAUCCAGAGCCUCAGUGCUCCUCUGAAGAUCGGUGAGGAAGCUGAGGUCACUCUGAAGUCCACCUGUCCCUGUAACUUCACCCUCCACUACGAGAUUGCCUCCAGAGGGAACAUCAUCCAGUCUGGCCAGCAGCAGUCCAACGCUACAGCCCAAAGAAGCAAGAGGGCAGCGGUCACUUUCGACAAGAACGUCCACACAACCCAGCAGCCCAGUGGCUCUGAUCCGGUGGCCUCCUCCCCACAGGACGAGACAGACAGCUGUAUGUUGGUGCUGCAUUUCCCCGUGACCCACGCCAUGGCGCCCCUCAGCCGCCUCCUGGUCUACUACGUGAGGGAGAAUGGAGAGGGCGUCACUGACAGUCUACAGAUCCCUGUACAGCCCAGCUUUGAGAACCAGGUGUCUGUCUCUCUGUCCACCAAUGAGUCGAUGCCAGGUGACCCUAUCAGUCUGCGUGUCACUGGUGAGAAGGGCUCCUGCGUUUGUGUCGCCACCGUGGACAAGAGCCUCUAUCUCCUCAAGCCAGACUUCCAGCUCAGUCCAGACAAGGUGUUUAAAGAACUGGCAGACUUUGACGUGUCCGAUGCCUUCGGAGUCCCCAAAGACGAUGGGCACUUCUGGUGGCCGGGGCUGUCGUCUAGCCGACGGAGGCGUUCUUCAGUGUUCCCAUGGCACUGGGACAUCACUAAAGAUGCCCGCUUCGCCUUCACGGAGACUGGCCUGGUGGUGAUGACUGACAUGGUGAGCCUGAACCACAGACAGAUUGGAGGGAUGUACACGGACGAGGCCGUUCCCGCCUUCCAGCCUCACACAUCCACGCUGGUGGCAGCCAUGCACUCUCGCACCAUGCCCAGAGCAGAGAAGCGCAGACGGACAUUCUUCCCGGAGACGUGGGUGUGGCACUGCGUCAAUGUCAGUGAUGUCACCGGGGAAGCUGAGUUGCGAUUGGACGUUCCAGACUCCAUUACUACCUGGGUGACGGAGGCCAUUGGCUUGUCAGAGGAGAAGGGGCUGGGCCUUUCCAAGAGGGUGGAGCUUCGUACCUUCAAGCCCUUCUUCGUAGACUUCACCCUCCCCUACAGUGUGAUACAGGGGGAGCAGACCAAAGUACCGCUGACCGUUUACAACUACUUGUCUAGCUGCGCAGAGGUCCAUGUCAAAGUGACCGUUCCCAAAGGCAUCAAGUUUGUAGGCCACCCCGGAAAGCAUCACCUCACCAGGAAGAAAUGUGUGGCUCCUGGAGAAGCCACACCCACAUCCAUAGUGUUGUCCUUCACUGAGCUGGGUGCUGCCAACAUUACAGCGCGAGCCAUUGCAUAUAGUGAACCGGGCUGCUGCUCAGAUGGACUCCAGUCAACGAAAACAAGCAAAAACACAGAUGACCUUGAGGAUCGGAGGACCCCCACUGGCCUUGACUAUGUCCGGAGGAGUGUCCUGGUGGAGCCAGAGGGCCUGCCCAGACAUUACACCUACAGUGUCUUCUUCUGCCCCAACGAGCGGAUCCACAUCUCUACACCCAACAAGUAUGAAUACCAGUAUGUGAAGAAGCCGGCCAAGAUGACCCACUUUGAGGUGGCAGUGAAGACCCACAACGACGCCCACUUUGCCCUUUCACCCAGCCCCCAUGACAGUGCUGAGAUGCUGGAGAUUGUACUGGGGGGCAGACAGAACACUGGCUCCUGGAUCUCCCUGGGCAAGAUGGGCGAGCCAGUGGUCAGCGCCCCCACUCCGGGCAUCCUCUCCUGGGAUGAGUUCCGCAGCUUCUGGGUCAGCUGGAAUGGUGGUGGGGUGCAGGUCGGACAUGGCUUGCAGCCAUCCAAUGAGUCGGUGAUCCUGCAGUGGUCCAGCCCACUCCCUGGGCAGGUGCGUCACAUUGGUUUCUCCACGGGCUGGGGCUCGGUGGGUGAGUUUAAGAUCUGGAGGAAGGAGGACUCUGAUGAGAACCACAACGAGGCCUUCACCCUGGGCGUCCCUCACAACGUGGUGCCUGGCUCUGAGACUGCCACUGCAUCCAUGAUAGGGGACGUGAUGGGCCCCACCCUCAACAACCUGGACAAGCUGCUACGGCUGCCCUUUGGCUGUGGGGAGCAGAACAUGAUUCACUUCGCCCCCAAUGUCUUUGUCCUCAAGUACCUGCAGAAGACAAGUCAGCUCAGCCCUGAGGUGGAGGCCGAGGCCACAGACUACCUGCUGCAAGGGUACCAGAGACAACUGACCUAUAAGCGCCAGGAUGGAUCUUAUAGUGCCUUUGGAGAGAGGGACUUCUCUGGGAGCAUGUGGCUGACAGCGUUUGUGUUGAAAUCCUUUGCUCAGUCUCGUGGGUUCAUCUUCAUUGACCCAGAGGAGCUGCGUGCUGCCAAGGCCUGGCUCAUCAACCACCAGAGAGAGGAGGGUUCCUUCCCCGCCAUGGGACGCAUCCUCAACAAAAACCUGCAGGGAGGAAUUCAUGGAAAGAUCUCGUUGACAGCGUACGUGGUUGCAGCCCUCCUGGAGACAGGAAUAACUACAGAGGAGGAGAAGAUUGCUGUGGCCAAGGCAAAGGGUUUCCUGGAGAGUAACACAUACACAGCUGAUGACCCGUACACCACAGCCCUGUCUUCCUACGCCCUGGCUCUGUUACGAAGCCCCUACGCUUCCCUCGCCCUCAGACGCCUCAACCACAUGGCCAUCACACAAGACGGCUUCACCCACUGGAGUCUGACGAGCAGCAGGGUGACCGAUGAGGACACCUUCAUGGGCUUUAGUGACGGUCUUUCUCAGUCAGUGGUGUCAGCGGAGGUGGAGAUGACAGCAUACGGCCUGCUGACCUACACCCUACUGGGUGACGUGGCCUCCGCCCUGCCUGUGGUCAAGUGGCUCUCCCAGCAGAGGAACGCCCUCGGGGGCUUCUCCUCCACACAGGACACGUGUGUAGCUCUUCAGGCGUUGUCUGAGUAUGCUAUCUUGUCAUAUGUGGGAGGAGUCAACCUGACCAUCUCUCUGGCCUCUACCAACCUGGACUUCCAGGAGAGCUUUGAACUGCACCACGACAACCAAAAGAUACUGCAGAGCGCCUCGAUUCCCAGUAUUCCCACAGGGCUGUUUGUCAGUGCUAAAGGCGAGGGCUGCUGUCUCAUGCAGAUUGAUGUAUCCUACAACGUGCCUGACCCUGUGGCCAAGCCAGCCUUCCAGCUUAAGGUGGACCUGAAGGAGCCCAGGCAGGAGCGCCACCCGCCAGCCCCGCCUUCCCUCCGCCACCCCAGCCCUCGCUCGCGAUCCCGUUCCGACAACCGCUCGGAGCUGAGCCGCAAACGCCGGGCUGCCACCGACGAUGAAGACCCCGCAGCCCACCAAGACGACCUAGACUACCGUAUCACCCUGGAAGCCUGCGCCAGGUGGCUCCACACAGGUUCUUCCAACAUGGCUGUCUUGGAGGUCCCUCUGCUGUCAGGUUUCCGUGCCGAUGUGGAAAGUUUGGAGAGGCUGCUGCUGGACAAGAGGGUUGGUCUGAAGAGGUACGAAGUGGAUGGAAGGAAGGUCCUAUUCUACUUUGAUGAGAUAUCCAGUCAGUGUAUGACAUGUGUGGCCUUCCAGGCUGUCAGGGAGUACAUAAUGGGCAAGACAGCGCCUGUUCCGGUCAAGGUGUACGACUACUAUGAACCAGCAUUUGAGGCCACCCGCUUUUACAAUGUGAGCGAGAGCAGUCCCCUGGCCCGCAAGCUGUGUGACGGCACCACGUGCAACGAGGUGGAGAGCUCAACCAAUCAGUGGAUAGGCUUUGUCCAGGGGAACCAAUGUAACAAGGUGUUUGGCUGUUUGGAGGAGGAGCAGUUUGAGCGUUGCACCUGCUACAGGGACUGUGGCUACGACGGAGAGCUGGUGUGUGGCUCAGACGGACAUCUCUACCAGAACCAGUGUCAGAUGGAGGUCUUCGCCUGCCGCAACGGGACCCGCAUAGAACAAGUGCCCAUGUCCCAUUGUCCUCAGAUGGAAUCCACCACGGAGGACAGAGAGAACGCCACAGGCGAGGAACCUGAGCAAACUCCUGUGCCUAUACACACAGCUGUUCCCGGAUGCAGGAGUGUGUAUGUGAGGAGUGUGUAUGUAUGUGUGUGUGUGUGUGUGAGUGCCAGUUAAAGGCAAGGGCUGGAGAGUUCACCUCUGAGUGAAGCUGGCGUUGACGUGCAGGCAUGUGAGGAGGUUCAUGCACUGCUCUGCUCCGUUCCCACUCUGAGACACUGUAUACAAGUCUGACAGAUGAAGACCAGACCUCUAGUGCCCACUGUAAAUAUGUCUAUCUGCAUACAUCCAUGGAUCUGUAUUGUAUGAGGGAUUGGAGAUUACUCCAGCUCAGACUACACACAUGCAACACUCUGAGAACAUCCACAUACAGACUGCCUCCAAUAGUUUGCUAUAACCUAUACCCACUGUAAGGUUCACCACCAUGCAUUGGCUUCUUCUUGCUUGUCUGGAUAUAUACAAAUAAGUAUAAAGAGUUUGAUCGCAGUUGUAAAUGAGAACUUGUUCUCAACUGGCCUACCUGGUUAAAUAAAGAUGAAAUAAAAAAUACAUUUAAAAAUCAGUGUUGUAGGCCUCCCGGGUGGCGCAGUGGUCUAGGGCCACCAGAGACUCUGGGUUCGCGCCCAGGCUCUGUCUCAGCCGGCCGCGACCGGGAGGUCCGUGGGGCGGCGCACAAUUGGCCUAGCGUCGUCCGCGUUAGUGAGGGUUUGGCCGGUAGGGAUAUCCUUGUCUCAUCGCGCACCAGCGACUCCUGUGGCGGGCCGGGCGCAGUGCACGCUAAUCAAGGGAGCCAGGUGCACAGUGUUUCCUCCGACACAUUGGUGCGGCUGGCUUCCGGGUUGGAGGCGUGCUGUGUUAAGAAGCAGUGCGGUUUGGUUGGGUUGUGUUUCGGAGGACGCGUGGCUUUCGACCUUCGUCUCUCCCGAGCCCGUACGGGAGUUGUAGCAAUGAGACAAGAUAGGAAUUACUAGCAAUUGGACACCAUGAAAAUUGGGGAGAAAAAGGGGUUAAAUUAAAAUAAAAAAAUCAGUGUUGUAGAAGAGUUGGAGGUGUAGAUGAAAGAGUCACUGCCCUCCCUGUCUCCAUGUCUGAUCAGUCUGUCUGCCUGCAUGUCACAAUCGUCAAAGGGACUGAGGGAGGACCAAGGCGGAGCGCGUGGAAAGUACAUCCUCUUUAUUUGAGAAAAAAGACGAAAACCAAACAAACACUAUACAAACUACAAAAACAACAAAACAGACGACCGUGAAGCUAUACAAACAGAAGUGCUGACACUAAACACUCUGACAUAGACAAUUCCCCACAAACAGCUAAAGCCUAUGGUUGCCUUAAAUAUGGCUCCCAAUCAGAGACAACAAUAACCAGCUGUCUCUAAUUGAGACCCAAUUCAGGCAACCAUAGACUUUCCUAGAUACCUACACUCAACCAUAGACACAGCUAGACUUCUAUACUAAACAUAAACCCAACUACUCUAAUAAACCCCCUAAACCUUACAACCACCCUAGACACUACAAAAAACACAUACAUUCCCCUUGUCACACCCUGACCUAACUAAAAUAAUUAAGAAAACAAAGAAUACUAAGGCCGGGGCGUGACACUGCAGUGUGCUGGGGGAUGUUGGGACUUGCCCCAGCCGUCUGCAGUAGCGUAGAGGAGAGGAGGAAGUAGAGCACUGACGCCUCAGCAGAUCACGUCGACAGGCUACUGUCACAUUCUGAUAAACAGGAGGAUAGACUUUCCUUAGGGGGGAUAGUUUUUCUUGAAGGGGAUAUUUGUUGCUCCACCACAGGGUUCACUUAGAUGUCAUGAUUAAAUAACUUGCUAUUACAGAACUCCCGGUAAGAUGUAUCACUCUUUAUGUUGGUUUGUAGCAGGAGUCGUGGCUGUGGUAGGGUAGGCUCACGUCGAUGCGUGUGUACUUCCGUGCGUGUGUGUAUUUGAUGUGGCCUAUGCCUGCGCUGGCUUGUUCCCUGCCUGCAGCUCACAGUAGCUGUAAUGGAGUUCCACAAAGGUCAAAGGUCUCCUCAGUACAAACACUGAUGCUUCACAGUGGAAAAGACCUCACCACAGGAAUGCCAUUAAAACUGGACUGCGGUACACACAUACAGAAAACAUGUAUCAUACCAGAUUAUUACACUCAAUGAACAGCUGUGUAAUUCUGAGCUAAUAAAUGUUGUUGAGCUGAGCUCCACUGAGCAUUAGGUUAGGUAGAUUGUGAUGGAUGUGAUUUUGUGUGCCAAGAAUCUGACAGCAUUCUCAACAGCUUUAGUAAAAACAUUGAGGCUUUGGAAUCAGUUUCUCUGUGGACAUGUCCCUUAGUGGUGAAAUGGCAUCAGAGCUGAGGGCAUGAUUAAUUCAACAAAACACACUUGUUUUGAUGAAAAUAAAUGGAGUGUAUUGUGUGUAUUAAUCUGCAAUGUAUGAUUUCCAAAAGGAGCAGUGUGCAUGCAGUGCUUUACACGAGGCUGAACAUUAGGACAUAGUGACCCCUACUGGUCACCUUGUACAAUUAACUAUUUUGGUAGAUACUCUCAGUGGAAACAUAUUGUUAUGUCCCUUGACUUUUCAGCCAAUGUUCUCAUAAAAAUAAUUCUGAACAAUUGUCUCAUCUUAUUUCUAAGGAUAUUUCUCACCAUCCCACCUGCCCUCUUCCUCUCUCGCGUGUCUCUCUGUCCCUCCCACUCACUCUCCAUCUUUCUCUGUCACUCACUCUCCAUCUCUCUCUGUCACUCUCUCUCUCUCUCUGUCCCUCUUUCUUGUG